AUGGAUCAAAUGAUGCCCGGCGGCGGGGUGGCCUUCCCACUCGAAACAUGGUUCUGGGAGAUGCCCAUCGUCACCAGGUGGUGGACAACAGCUACAAUCCUGACCAGCGGCCUGGUUCAGUGUAAAUUCGUCACCCCGUUCCAACUCUUCUACAGCUACCGCACAGUAUUCCAUAAGUCGCAAUACUGGCGCCUGCUCACCACGUUCCUCUAUUUCGGCCCCAUCUCGAUCGACCUCCUCUUCCACGUCUACUUCCUACAGCGCUACGCCCGCCUGCUCGAGGAGUCGUCGGGCCGUUCGCCGGCCUACUUCUCGUGGCUGCUCGUCUACGCCAUGACCAGCCUGCUGCUCCUGUCGCCCUUCGUCUCGAUAGCCUUCCUCGGCCAACCGCUGUCGUCGACGCUCCUCUACAUCUGGUCGCGCCGCAACCCGGACACGCUCAUGAGCUUCUUUGGUGUGCUCGUCUUCCGCGCACCGUACCUGCCGUGGGUCAUGAUGGGCCUUAGCUUCGUGAUGCAUGGCACUGUGCCGCUGGACGAGAUCAUGGGCGUGGUGAUUGGCCAUAUUUGGUACUUCUUCAAUGAUGUUUAUCCGCCCCUGCAUGGGGGGUCGAGGCCGUUAGAUCCGCCCAUGUGGUGGCGGAGGUUGUUUGAGGGACGACCGCGCGACGAGACCGCGAAUGGUAUCAACAAUGAGCUUGCUGUUGCCGGAGCCGCGGUUCCGCCACCAGAAGUGCGGUGA